AUGGGGCGAAAUAAAGUAACAGUACCACUCAUUGAGUUCUUAAAGAAUCGAAUCUAUCUUGGAGCAUAUGACUAUACGCCAGCAGACACCAAGGAUCUAGUGUACUUUACUGUGGAAGAUGCAUUACCCUACAACGCAUUUCAUUUGGAUUUUGGUCCCUUGAAUAUCAGCAAUCUUUAUCGAUUUGCUGUUGUUUUGCAUAAUAUCUUAAACGAUGAUGAAAAUCAAGGUAAAGCAGUGGUGUUUUAUAGUUCCACAUGCCCCAAGCAAAGAGCCAAUGCCGCUUGUAUAUUGUGUUGCUAUAUGAUCUUGGUCCAAUCCUGGGCUCCUCAUCAAGUAUUGCAACCAAUUGCUCAAUUUGAUGUGCCAUUUGCCAGCUUUAGAGAUGCCGGUUACUCAAAUGCUGAUUUUGAAAUUACAAUUCAGGAUAUUGUUUAUGGAAUGUGGAGAGCCAAGGAGAGAGGGAUGAUUGAUUUGACCUCGUUUAAUCUUGAAGAGUAUGAACAAUAUGAACGAGUUGAUCAAGGGGAUUUCAAUGUUAUCUCCAAGGACUUUAUUGCAUUUGCAUCACCACAACAAAAGAAACACACAGCACUUAAUGAGCCAUUCAAAAAAGUAUUGGAUUACUUUACCAGGAAUAAUGUUCAAUUAGUUGUCAGAUUAAAUUCGCACCUAUACGAUGCAAAAGAGUUUACAAAGAGGGGUAUACUGCACAUUGAUAUGAUUUUUGACGACGGAACUUGUCCCACUCUCGAGUAUGUACAAAAAUUCAUUGGCGCAGCAGAAUGUGUCAUAAAUCGUGGUGGCAAAAUUGCUGUGCAUUGUAAAGCAGGUUUGGGACGAACUGGCUGCUUGAUUGGAGCUCAUUUAAUCUACACUCACGGAUUUACUGCUAAUGAGUGCAUAGCAUACAUGAGGAUGAUAAGACCAGGGAUGGUUGUUGGACCACAACAACAUUGGUUGUACCUCAAUCAAAACUAUUUUAGAGACUGGAGACAUACAAUGAUACUAGACAAUAGACCGGACGAAUUUAUUGGAAAUUUGUUCCCAUUGUGUUCAUAUGAUGAUUUCAAGAAACGUAUGAAGGAAGCAAAGAAAAAGAGUCAAAUUGAACAAUCAAAUCAAUUGCAGAUCAAUUCAUCAUUUGUUGUUGAUUCUUCCUUUUCAGCAACUCCAAUUAGAAGACGUAAGAUAAGUGGAGCAUUGGCAUCUAAAAUACAAACAGCAGUACCUGCAGAUGCACCUGGACAACCAAGAAAAUAUCUUGAAGAACCAGAAGAUGAAUUAGACGAUCAGGAAAAUCCUAGUAUUGAAAUGAUAAACAAUUCGGACGAUGAGAAUGUAAUGCAAGAUGUGAUCAAAAGCUCCCCAACUCAAUCAGUGACCCCACAAAACAAGAAUUCCGAAUGGCGUGUAUUGCGUUCGAUAUCUGCAAACUCUGCCCACCAACAACCGGUACUGUUGACUAAAACUACAACUACAACUACAACCAGAACUGUAAGUACAACGUUGUCUUCCUCGUCACCUGGUGCCUCACCUACUACUAGUCAUGGAAGUUUGAGAAUGACCAAGUCUCGAUCUGCUAGACCACGAGUAAGUCUGGGCAGCGGUAUGUCUAAUCAAGGUUCAAGAGUGCAUUCAGGCGGGAUAAGAAAGACCAGUGGGAAAAAGAUUUAG